AUGAACAUGGGUAUAUUUGGUAAAGGAAAAUCGUCAUCUUCGAUCAAGCUCCGUGACGUUCCUGACCUUUCUUUCUCCGAAACUCAAUUCCUGUCUCGGCAAGAUCGAGGGCCAUCAGUCAAUGUGCCAGGUACGGGUACAGCUGUUGACGAGUCCCCUCUGCAAAAGAAGCUUGGUGGUCAACAUCCACGUUCGAGAACUUCACAUUAUGUUUUCCGUGAGCCCCCAAAGCUGGUGAGCAACGAGCCACCCUUUGUCUAUCACGAAGAAUCACCACCGUACACCAGACGAGGAGAUCUAUUGUGUCCCUCCAAGUCUCAAGGUGUUGUUCCAUCUCCUUCGGCGGCAGCCCCCGUCGCUCAAGACAGCCUGGGCAUCAAAGACAGGCUUCAUGAGUUGCACAGUCAAUUGCCACCAUACUCUGUUCAAAAAUCACAAUCUCCGACGCCCUACUCUUGGUCUGUCAGUGAUAGGUGUGGGUCACAGCAAAGCAAAGAGGUGGAAGAUCGGCUACUGAAGAUUCUACAUACCGGCCUAUCUCUACGGCGACUUGGCAGUCGGAGUGACUCUGGAGACUCCAGAAGCGGAUACCGCAAUUUUCAGGAUCUGAAGAAUAUUUUCGAGAGUCGAAAGGCCUACUGGCAGACACAGAUGAGUCCGGGGGCUCACUCCCUUAAUGGAACCACGAGUCGCAUCGAGACUCGCGAGUCUAGCAUGAUGGUGGCCGGCGCUGUGCAAAGUCCUAUAAAAACGGCAUUGUCGCCGUUCAGGGAAUCAGAGGCUGGUCCAGGGAACAAUGACAGGGCCACUAACUGUGAGAAUUCCUUGGAUGAACUACUUCGAAGCCCCCAGCGCAAUCGGUAUCACAGCUAUGAGGGCAAAAGGUCCAAGAACGGUGCCUUGCCAUCCCAACUGCCUCUUCCAGCUUAUGCCGGCCCAGAGCCAGUGGAACCGGGCGCUGAGGAUGACUUUACCUUUUUUCAAGAACUUGAUGCCGCAUAUUGCGCUAUACUCGAGCUAAAGGGUGCCGAUGAUGACCCUUUGGAGCAAAGGUCAAGAGUAAAGAAUGAAUCACAUCGGUCAUUUGUGCGACAAACACAGAGGGAAGGCCAUCCUUCCUAUCCAGCAAGACACGUAGUGAGUCGUGGGUCAAGGGAUACAUUACUGUGUGGCCAACCUGAUCUUUGUGAUUUAACUGCAUUCGCCAACCCUUCUCCUCUUCCGCCAGAUGAUAUGGGAACGUUUCCUCGAGAUAACACAACGAAAUUGAGACACUCGGAACUCACAUCUGAUCUUUUAGCAGCGGGUCCUGUGCUGUUGCCCAAACGUCAGUCGAGGGAUCAAAUUCUUUCGAAGACUGCCCCAGAAUCGUAUUCCCCAAUCCCACCUGGCUUCUGGAGGCAAAAAAGAUUGUAUUGA